AUGGACGGAUUCGACGAGGAAGCGUUUAAAAAGUUCUUCCCUUCCGGCUUUGGGAAGCAACAGAAAUCAGUCGACAUUGAAUCUCAAAUCGAUCGGACCAGACGAACGGAGAUCUCCGCAUCCAAGCCACUCACUGAUGCCGGAGUGAACGCGCCCGCCACAGCUGGACCUGUCGCGACAGAAAAGAGGCCACAAGAACCUAAAGACAGUGAUGAUGACUCUGAUGACGAAAAAGAUUCCAGCGAUGAGGAGGAUGAGGAUGAAUUCCCCGUGUCUCACGAGCUGGUCUUGAAGACCCAUGAGCGCGCCGUGACAACUAUGACCGUGGACCCCUCGGGGGCGCGACUAAUUACAGGUUCCACUGAUUGCACACUCAAGCUCCAUGAUUUUGCUUCCAUGACGCCCUCAACCAUCCGCGCAUUCAAGUCUGUCGAUCCCUCCGUGAAGAAGCAAUCAGCGGCCCAAGACACCCACGCCGUUAACUAUGUCGGUUUCAACCCGCUUUCUCCCAGCCAUGUUCUAGUUGUCCCUGCCACAGCCCAGCCGCGAAUUCUAAGUCGAGAUGGCGAGACUUUGACGGAGUUCGUGAAGGGUGACAUGUACCUUCGGGAUUCGCACCAUACAAAGGGUCAUACCUCGGAGGUAUCCAGUGGCGUUUGGUGUCCCACAGACGAGAACCUCUGUGCUACGGCUGGAUCGGAUAGUACUGUGCGGAUUUGGGAUGUCAAUGUUGGCCGCUCCCAGAAGGAGGUCAUUGUGCACAAAUCGAGGGUUGCUGGAUCUGCUGGACGAACCAAGGUAACCGCCGUGGCUUGGGGUUCUCCAAAACAGGGAGGAUCUAAUGUCCUGGUUGCUGCGGCUCUCGACGGAAGCCUGGUCAUGUGGAGCGGCAAUGGUCCUUUCAACCGACCUAGUGGUGAAAUUCGGGGUGCACAUACUCGGGAUACAUGGACAAGUGGCUUGGAUAUCAGCGCCGACGGACGACUUGUUAUCAGCCGAGGCGGAGACGACACUAUCAAGCUGUGGGAUACCCGGAAAUUCAAAGCACCAAUUACAACCGUAACCCACCCAUCAACAUCUUUCCGGUAUCCUACCUCGAACAUUCAAUUCUCGCCCAGCUCGGCAAAUGUUAUUGUCGGCUCUGAAACGGGUCACUUGCACAUUCUCAACCCCGCUACGUUGAAGCCAGAACUAGUCACUCCUGUCACUCCCGGAUCGCCAUUGAUCACUGUACUGUGGCAUGAGAAACUGAACCAAAUCUUGACUGGCUCUGCGAAUGCCGAAACCCACGUCCUCUAUAACCCAACAAUGUCUACAAAGGGAGCCGCCCUGGUUAUGUCCAAGGCCCCCAAGCGCCGCCAUGUCGACGACAACCCAACUCUCACGACAGACCUAUCUUCUGGGCUUUCUGGAGACUCUGUGGUCGUCGGCUCCAAUGGUGUCCCACAUUACAGCUCCGCAACCUUUGCGGCCCGUCACCCAACGAUCGGAUUGACGGCCUCUGGUCGCUCCAGGGACCCGCGCCGCCCACAUAUGCCGCAGGUGACGCCUUUCGCCAAGUCCCAGUCUGAUGAGAAGUAUAUUCGUGAUAACAUUCCUCUCAGCUCUAUGCGUGACGAGGAUCCGCGAGAGGCACUUUUGAAAUAUGCCGAGAAGGCUGAGAAAGAUCCUAUCUUUACCCGCGCGUACAAGGAGACUCAACCAAAUGCGAUUUUUGCGGAGUUGAGUGAUGAUGAUGAGCCGGGGCCAGAGAAGAAAAAGGCACGUCGAUGA